AUGCCGCGACGCUCUACCCAUUGUCUCGCCUCGCUCGUCUUCCUCUGCGCAUUCCUCUGCCUCAUCUCCGCCAAAUCUCAACCACAACGCGACACGCACGCACACCGGCGACGUGACGGGUUACAAACAUCUCGUUUCUCUUCGCAACAACGGACCGUCCUAGUAGACACCCCUCCCAUCAAUCCCGCCCUUCGAGGCGACGUUUCUGUUGAUAAGCGCGAAGGUUCUUUCAUAGUGCGCGCCGAGCCGGUUCCUAAACGCAUCCUUAGAGUCGUAUCGCCGGAAUUCGCGCAUGCGGGGCGACGGAGAUUGAAAGGAGCUGAGAACGCGGCUGCGGCGGAGAAGGAGAGUGGCGAGACGUGGACGGAAGCGGAGGAGCAUGCUCUCGUCAUUCCCAAGGGCGUGGCGUUUUAUCACAGGGGGAAAAACAGCGGCGGGGGCGGGGGAAGCGGAGGGGCGGGAACCAGACUAGCUGCGCCGAUCGAUAUCACACCGGGGAAAGGGGGGCGCGGAAAGCGAGGGGGGCAGGCGUCGGGAGGGACGAGCGACAGCGGCGCGGGGAAGUUCCCCGUGAUUACCCCCGGGGGCAAAAACUCGACGGGCAGCGGCGGAGGCCGCACCGGCGGAGGCGGGAUUCCGCCGAAGAAGAAGCGCGGCGGGCCAAACGGCGGAUGGACGCUCGGGAAGGAGCGGAGGGUUUCGUUAGCGUCCGCGCAGGAGAUGAAAUUCGGCAACGGUCAGUUCGGAAAAGGCGGGAAAGUGACGUACCAUGGCGGUCCAGUAAUGACCAAGUCGCCGAUUAAGGUGUACCUAAUUUUCUAUGGCGACUGGGACGCGACGACGGUGCAGCUGUUUCACAAGUUCGUCGACUCUAUAUCGGGGAAAUACAAGACGCCGGCUGACCGUUACAAUGUGACGCGGUGGUGGGAUCUGACGGCGGCCGGCACGCAGGCGGACGGCAAGCGCGUGAGCUCGACCGUUUCGCUGGGGAAGUCGGUUCUGGAUCGGAACUACGUUUCGGGCGGCGGGAAGGUUCUGCGCAACUACCAGAAGGACGUGGUAGCCAUCAUCAAUUACCAUCUGCGCAACAAGCUGCUGCCAUUCGACACGGACGGCAUCUACAUGGUCAUGACAGAUCCGACGGUGGAGGUGAAGAGCAGCGAUCCCAAGGACGGAUUCUGCACGCGAUUCUGCGGCUACCACAGCUACGGCCAGGAUGCGCUGGGCAAGGCACUGAAAUUCGGCUUCGCCGGGCAUUCUGCUCGCUGCCCCUCGCAGUGCACCCGACCGCUCCCAUAUGAUACAUUCAACGGGAUCAAUGUAGACGCCACGAUAUCCACAUUCGCGCAUGAGAUAGCGGAGGUAGCUCAGGACCCGCUCUUCACGGCGUGGUAUGACCACGAUCAAGUGGAGGGAGCUGACAAGUGCACAUACAUUUAUGGAGAUGGUUGGAAGCUGCGCGCGUCGCUACUAGCCACUGCUCCGACGACCAUUGCUGCGUCGAGCCGCUACAGUUGCUCUUACGGACUUACUGACUUACGGGAAGAACCGUCUAGGGGAACGGAUUUCUACGGCGAGAUUGAUAUCCGCCACCCAGAAGCCGCCAUGUCAGCACCGCCGCUCGCCUCGUUCGUCCCCGUGCCUCCCAACUGCCACUUCCCGAUCCAGAACCUCCCCUUCGGCGUCUUCCGUCCCUCACCAGGAGGCUCGGCACGAGUGGGCGUGGCGAUUGGCGAGCAGGUUCUGGAUCUGUCAGUAGUGGCGGACGCGGGGCUUCUGGGGGAAGUGGGCGACGACGUAGUUAAAGCCACGGGCUGCUUCCACCAGGCGUCUCUGAACGCGUUCAUGGCGCUGGGCCGACCCGUGUGGCAACGCACUCGCACUGCCCUCCAGCGCCUGCUCUCUGCGGACGAGCCAGCACUGAGGGACAACAAGCCUCUGCGCGCCAAGGCCUUCCACCCUCAGGCGCGAGUGCAAAUGGAAUUACCAGCCGUGAUAGGCGAUUACACGGACUUCUACGCCUCCCGCCACCACGCCACCAAUGUGGGUCGCCUCUUCCGCGGACCCGGCAACGAGCUGCCCAAGCAGUG